AUGGAUAUGAAUGGCGACGCGAGUGCGAAACGCAAGCGCAGUUCCAUUGGUCCCGCCGCGGACCGCGCGCCCAAGCAGCUGAAACCCGAGGGUUCAUCCUUGACCCCCGGUGACACCACCCCGGCCAAUGGCACCGUGUACGAUAUCGAAGAUGAAGAGGAUCCCGGUCGGUUGUCGGCUAUCGGACCCGCGCAAGCGGAUUCGCCGGAAUGGCAAGCCACUAUUGAGCAGGUCGUGAAGAGCGUGGUGUCGAUUCAUUUCUGUCAGACUUGCUCGUUUGAUACCGAUCUGUCGAUGAGUAGCCAGGCUACUGGAUUUGUGGUUGAUGCGGAGCGUGGGUAUAUCCUGACCAACAGGCAUGUCGUGUGUCCUGGUCCGUUCUGGGGUUACUGUAUCUUUGAUAACCAUGAGGAGUGCGAUGUCCGUCCGGUUUAUCGCGAUCCCGUUCACGACUUUGGUCUUUUGAAAUUCGACCCGAAAGCAAUUCGGUAUAUGAAACUGGCGGAGUUGAAGCUGCAGCCGGAUGGGGCGCGCGUGGGUUCGGAGAUCCGCGUCGUCGGUAACGAUGCGGGAGAGAAACUGAGUAUCUUGUCUGGUGUCAUCAGUCGGCUGGACCGCAACGCGCCGGAGUAUGGUGAAGGGUACAGCGACUUCAAUACCAAUUACAUUCAGGCUGCUGCCGCAGCCAGCGGUGGUAGCUCGGGAAGUCCGGUGGUGAACAUCGCGGGGAAUGCGAUCGCCCUGCAGGCCGGUGGUCGUGCAGACGGCGCCGCCACGGAUUACUUCCUGCCGUUAGAUCGCCCCCGUCGGGCGCUGGAAUGCAUCCGCCGGGGAGAGCCGGUCACGCGCGGAACCAUCCAGACGCAGUGGAUCCUCAAGCCCUUCGAUGAGUGCCGGCGAUUGGGCCUGACUCCCGAGUGGGAAGCCACUGUCCGCAAGGCGGCGCCUGCGGAGACCAGCAUGCUUGUGGCCGAGAUCAUCCUCCCCGAAGGCCCGGCCGACGGGCAGCUUGAGGAAGGAGAUGUGCUGCUGCAGGUCAAUGGAGAGCUCCUCACCCAGUUCAUCCGACUCGAUGACAUCCUGGACACCAGCGUGGGGAAGCCCGUCCGCCUACUCGUGCAGAGAGGCGGUCAGAAUGUGGAGCUGGAAUGCCAGGUGGGCGAUCUCCACGCGAUCACGCCGGAUCGGUUCGUCUCGGUGGCCGGCGGCACAUUCCACAACCUGUCAUAUCAGCAAGCGCGACUCUAUGCGAUCGCCACCCGCGGCGUCUAUGUCUGCGAGGCGGCGGGUUCCUUCAAGCUGGAGAACACGCUCUCCGGAUGGAUCAUCGAUGCCGUGGACAAGCGACCGACGCGCAACCUGGACGAGUUCGUGGAGGUGAUGAAAACCAUCCCGGAUCGAUCGCGGGUGGUCAUCUCGUAUCGCCACAUCCGCGAUCUGCACACCCGCGGCACCAGCAUCGUCUACAUCGACCGUCACUGGCACCCCAAGAUGCGACUGGCCGUCCGCAACGACACGUCCGGUCUCUGGGACUUUUCCGACCUGUCCGAUCCCAUCCCGGCGCUCCCGCCUGUUCCGCGCAAGGCGGACUUCAUCCAGCUCGACGGCGUCAAGCACUCGGCUGCGGCCGAAAUUGUGCGCAGCUUUGUGCGCGUGUCGUGCACCAUGCCCUUGAAGUUGGACGGGUACCCGCAGGCCAAGAAGACCGGGUUUGGCCUUGUGAUCGAUGCGGAGAAGGGUCUGGUGGUCGUCUCGCGGGCGAUUGUCCCCUACGACCUGUGUGACAUCAACAUCACCGUGGCGGAUUCCGUCAUCGUUAGCGCCAAGGUGGUGUUCCUGCACCCGCUCCAAAACUACAGCAUCGUCCAGUACGAUCCCAGUUUGGUCGAGGCGCCGGUGCAAAGCGCCCGUCUCAGCACGGAAUACAUCAAGCAGGGGCAAGACACUAUCUUCGUCGGCUUCAACCAGAACCUCCGCAUCGUGGUGGCCAAGACGGCGGUGACGGAUAUCACGACCGUCUCUAUCCCGGCCAACGCCUCGGCGCCCCGCUACCGCGCGAUCAACCUCGACGCUAUCACCGUCGACACUGGUCUCAGCGGACAAUGCUCCAACGGCGUCUUGCUCGGUGAGGACGGUGUGGUCCAGGCCCUGUGGCUGAACUACCUGGGAGAGCGCACGCCCAGCUCUCACAAGGACGUGGAAUACCACCUGGGCUUCGCGACACCGUCCCUGCUACCUCUCACCUCGAAGAUCCAAAACGGAACCAUCCCGCAACUGCGCAUUCUGAACAUGGAAAGCUACGUCGUCCAGAUGAGCCAGGCCCGCAUCAUGGGCGUAUCAGAGGAGUGGAUCAAGCGAGUCACGGAGUCUAACCCCUCGCGGCACCAGCUCUUCAUGAUCCGCAAGGUCGACUGCCCGCCUCCUGGCUUGGCCUCGGCGGCCGACUCGCUGCAGGAGGGCGACGUUAUCCUGACGCUGGACGGCCAGCUCAUCACGCGCGUCUCGGAGCUGGACAUCAUGUACGAUAAGGAGUCCCUCGAAGCUCUGAUUGUGCGAAACGGCCAGGAGAUGCGUGUGCAGGUGCCUACCGUUCCGACGCAGGAUCUGGAAACGGACCGUGCGGUCGUGUUCUGUGGUGCUGUCUUGCAGAAACCUCACCAUGCUGUUCGGCAGCAGAUUUCGAAACUGCAUAGUGAGGUGUAUGUUAGUGCACGGAGCCGCGGCUCCCCCUCAUACCAAUACGGCCUCUCCCCCACCAACUUCAUCACAGGCGUCAACGGCGUCCCAACACCCAACCUCGACCUCUUCGUGCGCGAAGUCAGCAAAAUCCCCGACAACACCUAUUUCCGCAUCCGCGCCGUGACAUUCGACAACGUGCCCUGGGUAGUGACCAUGAAAAAGAACGACCAUUACUUCCCCAUGUCCGAAUACCUCAAGGACGAAUCCCAGCCCUCAGGUUGGAAAACCGUCUCGCACGACAAGAGCAAGUACAAGGAUGGUAUUGCGCCUGAUGUGGCCAACCUUAACCCGGAUGCUAUGGAUGAGGGGUUUGAGGAGGGGGCGAGUGACGUUGAGCCGGAUGAUUGCUAG